GGUGUACAGAUGACAGGCCCCCACCUGGUGCUGUGCUAGGUCCAGGUGGUGGCCACCAGGAGGGAGGAUGGACUCCAAAGAUGAAAGUUCCCACGUGUGGACGGCAUCCACAGAACACGAAGGCAGUACGACACAGGUGCACUUUGUUCCAGAGGCUGGGACCGUAGCCCAGAUAGUCUACACCGAUGACCAGGUCCGACCACCCCAGCAGGUGGUGUACACAGCAGAUGGGGACUCCUACACUUCCGUGGAUGGGCCGGAGCACACCCUGGUGUAUAUCCAUCCUGUGGAAGCUGCGCAGACUCUGUUUACAGACCCGGGCCAAGUAACAUAUGUCCAGCAGGAUGCUACAGCUCAGCAGGCCUCACUGCCGGUGCACGGCCAGGUACUGCCAUCUAUGGAGGGCAUGGAUGCUACCGACGCUUUGGCCACCCUGCAGAACCCAAUGGGCAGACUGGAGGCAAAGGAAGAAGAGGAGGAGGAGGAAGAGGAGGAGGAGGAAGAAGACACUGAGGAGGAGGAGGAAGAGGAGGAUGGAGAGGACACAGAUCUGGAUGAAUGGGAAGCUGAGCCGCCUCGGCCCUUCGACCCGCAUGACCUCUGGUGUGAGGAGUGUAACAAUGCACAUUCGUCAGUGUGCCCGAAGCAUGGCCCGCUGCACCCCAUUCCCAACCGCCCGGUACUUACGCGCGCCCGCGCCAGCCUCCCUCUGGUCCUCUACAUCGACAGAUUCCUUGGCGGCGUCUUCUCCAAACGGCGCAUCCCCAAACGCACCCAGUUUGGCCCUGUGGAGGGGCCCCUGGUUAGGGAGUCGGAGCUUAAGGAUUGUUACAUUCACCUGAAGGUAUCUCUUGAUAAAGGAGACAGGAAAGACCGGGACUUGCAUGAAGACCUUUGGUUUGAGUUGUCUGACGAGACUGUUUGUAACUGGAUGAUGUUUGUACGUCCAGCCCAAAACCACCUGGAGCAGAACCUGGUGGCUUACCAGUAUGGCCACCACGUAUAUUAUACGACCAUCAAGAACGUAGAGCCCAAGCAAGAACUUAAGGUUUGGUAUGCUGCGUCCUAUGCAGAGUUCGUGAACCAGAAAAUCCAUGACAUUUCCGAGGAAGAAAGGAAAGUUCUUCGAGAACAAGAGAAGAAUUGGCCCUGUUACGAAUGUAACCGCCGGUUUGUAAGUUCGGAGCAGCUGCAACAGCACCUCAAUUCUCAUGAUGAGAAACUUGAUGUCUUCAGCAGAACAAGAGGUCGAGGAAGGGGACGAGGCAAGAGGCGGUUUGGUCCAGGUCGUCGUCCAGGGCGUCCCCCCAAAUUUAUCCGCUUGGAAAUAGCCAGCGAAAAUGGGGAAAAGUGUAAUGAUGGGACACAGGACUUGCUGCACUUCACUGCUAAGGAGCAGUUCGAGGAAACGGAGCCACCCUCUCUGAAUGGGCUGGACCAGCCCGAGCCACCAUCGCUCCCCAUCCCACAGCUGCCCCAGGAGACCCCAGCCACUCUGGAGCAUGAACCUGAAGUGCACAGCCUCCACCUGCAGCCCCAGCAUGAGGAGAGCGUGCUGCCCACCCCCAGCACCCUGACGGCCGACGAUAUGCGCAGAGCCAAGCGCAUCCGGAAUGCGGCUCUCCAGCACCUGUUCAUCCGGAAGUCCUUCCGGCCUUUCAAAUGCCUGCAGUGCGGGAAGGCCUUUCGGGAGAAGGACAAGCUGGACCAGCACCUGCGUUUCCAUGGGCGUGAGGGCAAUUGCCCUUUGACCUGCGACCUCUGCAACAAGGGCUUCAUCAGCAGUGCAGCCCUGGAGAGCCACAUGAAGCUGCACUCGGACCAGAAGACCUACUCUUGCAUUUUCUGCCCUGAGUCUUUCGACCGCCUGGAUAUGUUGAAAGAUCAUGUGGCCAUUCAUAUCAGUGAUGGCUACUUCACCUGUCCGACUUGUAAGAAAAGAUUCCCGGAUUUUAUCCAGGUGAAGAAACAUGUGCGAAGCUUCCACUCAGAAAAGAUCUACCAGUGCACUGAGUGCGACAAGGCCUUCUGUCGUCCCGACAAGCUGCGACUCCACAUGCUCCGACACUCAGAUCGCAAAGACUUCCUGUGUUCCACAUGUGGGAAGCAGUUUAAGCGGAAAGACAAACUGCGGGAGCACAUGCAGAGGAUGCACAAUCCUGAGAGGGAGGCGAAGAAGGCUGACCGCGUCAGCCGUUCCAAGACCUUCAAGCCCCGCACCACAUCCUCGGACUACGACAGCUUCACAUUCAAGUGCCGUCUCUGCAUGAUGGGCUUCAGGCGCCGUGGAAUGCUGGUAAAUCACUUGUCCAAGAGGCACCCGGACAUGAAGAUCGAGGAGGUGCCAGAGCUGACACUGCCCAUCAUAAAACCCAACCGUGAUUAUUUCUGUCAGUACUGUGAUAAGGUGUAUAAAAGUGCUAGCAAGAGGAAAGCCCAUAUCCUGAAGAACCAUCCUGGAGCUGAGCUUCCACCGAGCAUCCGGAAGCUUCGUCCUGCUGGCCCUGGAGAGCCUGACCCCAUGCUGAGCACCCACACCCAGCUCACAGGCACCAUUGCCACCCCGCCUGUCUGCUGCCCCCAUUGCUCCAAACAGUACAGCAGCAAGACCAAAAUGGUACAGCACAUUAGAAAAAAGCAUCCUGAGUUUGCCCAGCUCCCCAACACCUUACACACACCUCUGACCACUGCUGUGAUUAGUACAACCCCUGCCGUCCUGACUACUGACAGCGCCACUGGCGAGACAGUGGUGACAACAGACCUGCUCACGCAGGCCAUGACGGAGCUGUCCCAGACCCUGACAACGGAUUACCGAACGCCACAAGGGGACUACCAGAGGAUCCAGUACAUCCCCGUGUCCCAGGCCACAGCGGGCCUGCAGCAGCCACAGCAUAUCCAGCUUCAGGUGGUGCAGGUAGCACCGGCCACUUCCCCCCACCAGUCUCAACAGUCCACAGUGGAUGUCGGCCAGUUGCAUGACCCACAGACCUACACCCAACAUGCCAUCCAAGUGCAGCACAUCCAAGUCACGGAGUCCCCUGCCUCAGCGCCCCCGACCUCCCAGGUGACGGACCAGCCACUGAGCCCCUCCUCACAGCAGUCCCAACAGGGGCUCAGUCCAUCGCAGAUACAAGGAAACUCAGCGGCACAGGGCCAGAGCCUCCAACAGCAGUCACAGGGAACCUCAGUGCAGCAUACCUACCUGCCUAGUGCCUGGAACUCCUUCCGGGGCUACUCCUCUGAAAUUCAGAUGAUGACACUACCUCCAGGUCAGUUUGUGAUUACGGAUAGCACUCCUCUACCUGCUGGCCAAGUGAAGGCUGUUACCACAGGGCAUUAUGUGUUAACAGAAAGUCAACCAGAGUUGGAAGAAAAGCAGGCUUCUGUCCUCUCAGGUGGAGUCCAGGUUCAGCCAGCCACACCCAGUGACUUGGACGCCCAGAGCAGCAGCCAGCAGCAGGCCACACAGUACAUUAUCACGACCACCACCAACGGGACUGGGGCCAGUGACAUGCACCUGAGCAAACCCUGACUACUGCCUGACGUCCCUCCUUCACCCACAUCAUCUCUCUUCUCAUUCCAAGUCCAGAAGCUUCUGACCGUUCCAACUCUUUUUUUUUUUUUUUUGUAAAAGACUGAUCAUUUAUUCAAGAGUUUGGAGACCGGUCUCGAUACUCAGACAACUGGGGCUCCAGCUCCUAAGGUCAGCUUUCUCACUGAACUUUUCAAACCCAGGAGUUCCUGCGACAGAGUGGAGCUCCUACGGGGAAAAGCAGAUUCCAAGGUGGAACAACUUUGCCUUGCUCUUGAGUUAUUUUUUAUUUAAUUUUGUUCUGUUGAGCACAGUGCUAAGCCUUAUUUUUCCUUGGUGGAAAUAUGAAGUGGUGUAUUGUGUUUGUACCAAAGGCCAGGAAAGGGUGUGCCAGUUGCGUUGCUGUGGCACUUCUUUACUCCAAUCAUACCCUGGAGGUGGAAAGACCGUGUUGGGGGAGGUCUGCUUCAUCUUUUGAUAUUUGAGUUUUCAGUAACUUUACAAAGGGAACCAAGGGAAAAAGAACAGUAAAAAAUGAUGAAAUAAAGGUUUGAUAGUGAUCUUCUGAAGGGGGGGGACCCUUGUCAUCUAGAUUUUUUUUAUUGCUGAUGAAUUUUAAAGAUUCUCUUUUUUCACUGCCCUCCAUGGAUUAGGCCAGAACCUCAUGUUUUGAUUGAUCUUUAUUUUAUUCCCCAAUGGUGAAUUCUGUUAGAGAAAAGGUUGCUUGGUGUCAGUGUCAGCAGAAUUCCAUCUCCUACAUUAAAGCUUUGUGUCCCUUUCUCUGGCUGUGCUUGUAUGGAACCAAGCAAGGACAGUUCUUACAACCAUGAUGUAGAGGAAAUUCAAAGAUUUGCAACCUUGUCUCGUAACCUUCCUGUUUUCUUCCACAGUAAAAGAUGAAUCCCUGGUCUUAUGAGAUGAACAUUCAGGUCUUGCCUACUAUAUUUUAGUACUUUCAGUGCUGUUUUCAAGUGAACAUUCUGUAAAGUUGGAUGGGAAGGUGAUCUUCCUUUAUUUCUCUCAUUUCUUACCCAUAAUAUAUUACAAGUCAUUUGUCCUUUGUGUUAAAUAACAAAUCUCACACUUAGGAGAAAAAUUAAAAUGUGGGGGACCAUUUAUAAUAUGUUAAAAGACUGGUUAGUGUUCUGGAAGAAAUCUAGUCUUUCUGAAUAUUAAAUUAUUAGAUGGAAGAAGAGGGAAAAUCUGCCUCAAUAAUUGUUUUCCUUAUAUAUGUGUUCCUCUUUGGGAGUCUUGCUAGCUAUGUAUUCAGUGAGGAAAAAUACUCCCUUUU